GGUAUAAAUUACAGUUUACAAAAUAUAUUAAAAUAGCUAUUUUAAAUUUUAAAAAUAUAUCACACAAGUGAUUUUACUUUAUUUUGGAUAGGCUUUUUAACAGUAAUGAAUACAAUAUUCACACCUUUUCUUUUCUUUUGUGUUUGUUUAUUUAUAUGACUUUGAAUGCAGGUAGUUUACAGUCUUUUGAAUCCAUCUUAGCCUUUUAAAGAUCAUUUACCAUCCCACAUGGUGCACAUUUUUCAUUUCAAAGAGGAAAAAUGCUGGAAAAAUAAAGUCUUUUGACAUGGACAGAAACCAAACACCAAUGAAGGUUAUAUGUUACAGCUUUUCCAAAUGGGGAUUGAUAAUAAAAAGUAAAAUGAUUGUGGAUUAACUCACUGUACCAAAGAGAAAAGCUAAGCAACUCAGACUUGAAAUAUUUCUGGUGUAAAUGUCUUCUAGAGUAUAGCUUGGCUGUAUAUGUCGAGUGUGGACCAAGAAUGUAAGUAGUUUAUUUUAUAAGCUACAGGCAUACAAUACUUAUGAGUCUGUAAUUGUUAUUGUCAAUCAGGCAAUUCUUUUGUUAGGUGAAUAAAGAAUUUGAAUGGCUAAUUGUAUGUUUGACUGUAGACACGCAUAUGUACAACCUUUAGAUGACACUAAAUAUGAGAGAUUCCUCCUCAAAUCAAUGUAGGCCCAUUGAGAUCCUGUAGUGUUUUCUACACGGACACAAUUAAAGGGAGGACAAUAACAAUCUGUUUAAAAGCUUGAUGCUAACUUUUAGGAUGUACACACAUGUAGGGAAGCAUAAAAGCGCUUCGGAAGCUGGUCUGAAAGCAGCUACGUCCAUGAAAAACUAUUAAGUCAAAGACUAAUGAGGCAGCUGUCUUAUUUUUCGGACAUAAACACUAUUUAGGGCGGAUAGUCUACUACUGAUAGCACACUGCAGACGCUAGCAUGUAACGCAUGGACGACGCCUUAUGAAUAUUAACUUCGUCACGUGAUUGGACGCUUCAGUAAAGUGUGCAACGUAUUUAAUAUUCAUAAGACGUUCCUUCGCUGUAGUAGGAUUCGUAAUAUACGAGUGCAGACGAUUGUAUGUGCACGUGGUAAAUCUGAAAACACACGUUUUGUCACAUACAUUGCUUAAAUUUGCGGUUUAUGGAAAAAAAGCAGGAGAGUUUAUUAUUAUGAUGGACGAAGCAAAUCGAGCAGAUCCUCCGAACUGGAUCCAGCAGCACGCCGUCUACCAAGACCUGAUGCAUUUAGAUGUCGGUGACAGUGCUCAAGUAUAUGCUGCUUUCCUGGUGUACAUGGAACUGACGGAAGUGCGUAAAUGGAAAGAGGUGGUUGGAGUUUCCUGCCCAGAGUUACAGGCGGUUCUGCUGGAGGGUCGAGAAAAGGAAGGGGAAACAGUUCAGAUGAUCUACCCACUGCCUUCACACAGAUCCAUCAAACACAGAGAGUUGCGGACUAUACUGGACAGAGGUGUUCCGAUGCUCUUGUGCGCGGUGGCUUCUGACUCCAGUCUGGUGUACCAGAGGCUGUGUGAUGGCUUUCUGACCCCUGACCCUCCAGUGGACAUCCAAGACCACGGCCGCCGACAGCAUCGCAAACGGAGGUUACAGACGUGAGAUGAGCACCUGAUCUGAUGUGUGGAUUGGGUAGUAUGACUGUUGUGGGCUGGUUUAAAUGCAUUUAUGAACUUGUAUUGUCCUUGAAGAUGAGAGAGACUGAAUUUAUAAGAUAUUCUUAGGAAUGGACUGUAUUUGUGUGUUAUUAGACAGAAUAUUGCAGUAUUACACAAAGACAACACCACUGAGCUGCUUUUUUUACUCAAAUACUUGAAAUGUCAGAUGUGUAAAAUUACACAGCAUAACAAAAAGAAAACAGGGAGAGCUGCAAAAUAAACUUUUUAUUGUUUAAAUUCCAUCUUCAUUUACUCACCCUCAUGUCAUUCCAAAUCCAGAAGACUUUGUUCAUCUUUGAAACACAAGAUUAAAUCUGUUUCCAUUAAAAGUCCAUUCCACCAAAACUUUUGAUGCUCCAAAAAGUUCAUAGACGUUACAAAAAAAAAUUAAAUCCAUAUGAAUCAAGUGGUUUAAUCCAAAUCUUCUGACGAGAUGUAAUCACUUUCUAUGACGAACAUAUUAAAUUUAGUAUUUCAUUCACAUAUAAACAUUGAUGAACACAUACGCAGAGUUGGUCAAAUAUGCUAAACGGAAGCUCAAUCGUACUUGCUUGACGUUCGAGAACCACUGAGGUUUGUUCUAGCAUGUCAAGCAAGCUCAGAUGAGCUUCCAUUGACCAUAUUUGAUUUGCUCCAUGUAUGUGCACUGAUCAAUGUGAGUAAAUGUCAAUUUUCAUUUUUGGGUGAAUUAACCUCUUAACAUUAACAAUACAGAGCUGGAAAAUACAUCAAUAAACCAGAUGCCUUCGCUUAUCCUUGUUUAGUUGGUCAAUGUGUAUUUAUUUAUUCAUUCUUUCACUCAGCAUCACAUUUACUGCAUUUUUGGCAUCUUUGUUUGGCCCAACUGUGUACAUAAAGAACCUAAGCAUACAUGUGGGAUAUUAUUCACUUCAGAGUGAAAAUACAGAAAUUAAUGGCUUACUGUCAUCUCAUAUCAGAAAAGAAAACACUGUGUGCUUAAGGCUAUGGCAAGUUACUGUCAUACUGUAAAAGGAAGAAGCACUUCCUGAUAAUAAAACUUAUCUAUGUAAAACUUUC